AGUGACGUCAGCCCUAUCACUUGUGGAUAGUGAAAAGACGCCGCAGUCCGCGUCUAUUCUGCAGUGAGCCGGUCCUUCACCUGGAUACCAAAACAACACGUCUCCCGUUAUCCAAGGAUGUUUUCGGUUACGCUGGCUCUGUUUUUAUGAAAUCACAACAACACUGUGUCGUUCUUUCUUCGCGAUAUGCACGAUGAGUAUUAGCCAGCCGGUCGAGUAGAGGGUCCCUUACAUCCCACCUGCAGUCAUGAAUGUUGGUUUUAAUAUUUGGGCUAUAACUCCAGAAGAAAGGGGGAAACAUGACAAACAGUUUGACUCUCUGGCUCCCACUCUGGGUUAUUUGUCAGGAGAUCAAGCACGAAAGUUCUUCCUACAAUCUGGUCUUCCCACAGCAGUCCUAGCAGACAUCUGGGCAUUGGCGGAUAUAGGAAAGGAUGGGAAGAUGGACAGAUUAGAGUUCUCCAUUGCAAUGAAACUAAUUAAACUGCAGCUGCAGGGUCAACCCCUCCCGUCCAGCCUGCCAAUCAUCAUGAAGCAGACGCCUACCCCUGCUAUGACACCAUCAUCACGCUUUGGUAUGGGCUCCAUGCCAAAUCUGUCUGCCAUGUCAGUGAUGCCCAUCCUAACUGCCUUCCCCGCAGCCCCUGCUAUGACCCCUUUGGUUCCUGUGCCCACCCUGAUAUCAGGACCAUUGCCUCAGAUGCCCAGCUCUCUCAGUGUGCCAGCUUUACCUAACGGCAAUGCAAAUCUCCUCACACCAACACCAGCAUUCCCAGUCUCCAGUGGAUUGAGUAAAUCUCACUCUCUCUUGGACCUUGGCUCUAGCAGUUCAAACUCUUCUUCCACCACCUCCCUUGCGAGUAAUUCCCCCAAAAUGAAUGCAUCUGAUUGGGCGGUGCCUCAGUCGUCCCGUCUGAAAUACAGACAGCAGUUCAACAGUCUAGACAAGUUGAUGAGUGGAUACCUGUCAGGUCCCCAGGUCAGAAAUGCCCUCACAGCAUCAAACCUCACACAAACACAGCUUGCCACCAUAUGGGCUCUUGCUGAUGUAGAUCGUGAUGGGCAGUUGAGAGCGGAAGAGUUUAUUCUAGCAAUGCACCUGGUUGAUAUGGCCAAGACUGGGCGGCCCUUACCUCUGACUCUACCUUCUGAUCUUGUGCCACCUUCACUCAGACAAGCAAAGUCAUGUGACCUGCUGAACGGACCUGUUCCUUUGAUUAACACUGAGCUGAUUGAGCCAGAACAUCAACAGAAAAGCAAGAGUAAUGUGUCAUUUGAGGAUAAACUAAAGGAGAAUUUCCAGAGAGGAAACGCAGAGCUGGAAAAACGACGUCUGGCUCUGCAAGAGGAACAAAAGAGAGAGGAGGAGAGGAGGAGAGAAGAGGAGAGACGAGAGGAGGAGAGGAGACGACAGAAGGAGAGGGAGGAAAGAGAACAAAAGGAGAGAGAAGCCCGGGAGAUGGAGCUGAGGAGACAGAGGGAGGAGGAGAGGAGGAUAGAGAGGCAGAGAGAGCUGGAACGACAGAGAGAAGAAGAAAGACUGAAAGAAUUAGAGCGACGAGAGGCAACGGAGCGUCAGAGGCGAAUGGAAUGGGAGAAGAGUAAACGAGUGGAGCUUCAGACACAGAGAGAAAAAGAGCAGAGUGACAUACAGAGACUUAAAGACAGGAAAAGGAGUCUUGAGAUGGAGCUGGAGGCGGUGGGUAACAAGCAUAAGCAGAUCUCUGAUAGGCUGCGGGAUGCCAAGAGUAAGAGUCAGAUCCAGAGGACCGAGCUAGACCUUAUUAAUCAGAAGAGAGAUAGUCGUAUUACAGAUAUCAAUUCCCUACAGUUGCAAUUUGAGGAAAUUCAGAGGCAGCUGAGUCGUCUUGGUCCUGAGAAGCAGCGACUGACAGAGAGACUUCUAAAUCUUACCCAAAACAACUCAAGUCCUUUGAUAAAUGAUGUGAAACAGAGUUUGUGCGAGAAAGAUCUGAGCUGUCGGAAGCUAAAGGAGCAGCUGGAUGUUUUGGAGAGAGAGACCACUGCGAAACUCUCACAAAUGGAGCAGUACAACAGAGAAAUCAAGUUUGUAGAAAUGGAUGACUGUGUGCUUCAAGGACUUCUCUCUUUGCUGGGCUGCCUAACCAAUCUCUUCCUUCUAAUAAAGGACUUGAGACAGAGGCAGAGUCAGCAGCAGGACGUCCUAGAGCAGCUCAGGAGGGUGAGAUCUGAGAAACUCAAAGAGCUACAGAGACACAGGAAAGAAGAGGAGGAGAGGAAGAGGAAGAAAGAGGAGGAGGAGAGGAAGAUGAAGAAAGAGGAGGAGGAGAGGAAGAGGAAGAAAGAGGAGGAAGAGAGGAAGAGGAAGAAAGAAGAGGAGGAGAAGCAGGAGGAAGCAGAGCGUCAGAGGAUGCUUGCCCAGGAGCGAGAAGCCAAACUCAGGGAAGAACAGCAACGUCAGGCCCAAGCCCGACUUCAGGAAGCCCAGGAGCAGGCACGAGAGAAAGAAGAAAAGAGGAGGGCGGAGGAAAGAGAGAGGGAGGAGAAGGGAGGAGAAAGGAAUGAACUGGCUCUAAACACUCAGCCCUCCAUGACAUACAAUAUCACAGAGAACAAAAGCUUGCAGCCAGUGGUGACUACUGAAGCUACAUGUGCUGCCCUCACCACCUACAGAGCUCUCUAUCCCUUCACAGCACGCAACUCUGACGAGCUCACACUGGAGGCAGACUGUCUGAUCGAGGUAGAUGAAUCAACAGUUAGAGAGACCGGCUGGCUGUAUGGGAGUUACCGUGGUAACAGCGGCUGGUUUCCAGAGAGUUAUGCUGAGAGAUGCAGUAAAGGCACUCAGACUGAAUGGACUGCAACGAAUUCACAAUCCACAGCGCCCUCUACCAACUACCCUGGAAUUCCUCGGGUGGAUAUAGAAGGACCAACACCAACACACACACCAGUGUCUUCAAACACACAGCACUCACAGGCUGUAGCUCUGUGUGAAUGGAGCGCUAAGACUGACAGUCACCUGGGCUUCUCUAAAGAUGACAUCAUCACAGUUCUGGAGAAGCAGGAGAACUGGUGCUACGGAGAGCUCAACGAGAGCCGGGGCUGGUUCCCUUGCUCAUAUGUCUCCAUGGUUAUCACCAAUAACACACAAACCGAGCCGUUAUAUUCUACUGUGGAUGAGAUAGAACUUUCAGAUUCUGGUCGGUUUGAGGAGUAUGUGGCUCUGUACACAUAUGAGAGUCCAGAGUCAGGUGACCUGACAUUCUGUGCAGAUGAUGUUGUCCUGGUAACAGAGAGGGAAGGAGAAUGGUGGAGAGGGUGCAUCGGUGACCAGUCUGGCCUCUUCCCUUCCAACUAUGUUAAACCCAAAGAGCCUGAUACUGCCAAUCCUGGAGUUCCUGGUAAAAAGCCAGAGAUUGCUCAGGUGACUACGGCCAAUGCUGCCAAAACACCAGAACAACUAAGUCUGACACCUGGUCAGCUUAUUGUGGUGCUGCAUAAGAACUCUAACAGCUGGUGGCUGGGUGAACUACAGGCACGGGGUAAAAAGCGUAAAAAGGGCUGGUUCCACUCUUCUAAUGUCAGAUUAUUGGAGGCCAAUAGCGGAAAAAUAACUCCAGCAUCUCAGCCAUUGUGUCAGGUUAUUGCAAUGUAUGACUACAAAGCAGCCAAUAAGGAUGAGAUGAGCUUCCAGAAAGGUCAGCUGAUCACCGUACUCAACAAGGACAACCCUGACUGGUGGAAAGGAGAGGUCGCUGGGCUCAUAGGGCUGUUUCCAACUAAUUAUGUGAAGAUGACCACAGAAUGUGAUCCCAGCCAGCAAUGGUGUGCUGAUCUGCUCAGUUUAGACACUAUGGGCUCUGAGGAGAGGAAGAGGCAAGGCUACAUCCAUGAGCUCAUUCAGACAGAAGAGUCCUAUCUGGAGGACCUGGAACUGGCACUAGAGGUGUUCUAUAAGCCAAUGGCAGAGUCUGGGCGACUGACGGAGGCUGAGAUGAGCAUGAUCUUUGUGAACUGGCGGGAAUUGAUCAUGUGCAGCACCAAACUCCUAAAAGCUCUGCGUGUCCGUAAGAAGAUGGCUGGAGAGCGGAUGCCGGUGCAGGUGGUGGGUGAUAUUCUGUCCUCAGAGCUCUCUCACAUGCAGGCCUACAUUCGCUUCUGCAGCUGCCAGCUCAAUGCUGCGGCCCUGCUGCAGCAGAAAACAGACAAAUCAGCUGACUUCAAACUCUUCCUGAAGAAAAUUGCCAGUAAUUACCGCUGUAAAGGAAUGCCACUGUCCAGCUUCCUCCUGAAACCCAUGCAGAGAAUCACACGCUACCCACUGCUGAUCAAGAACAUUCUGGAGAAUACCCCUUCAACUCAUGCAGAUCACGCAAACCUGCAGGCGGCACUGGAGCAGGCCGAGGAGUUGUGCUCACAGGUGAACGAGGGCGUGAGAGAGAAGGAAAACUCUGACCGGCUGGAAUGGAUCCAGAACCAUGUGCUGUGUGAUGGAGUCAUUGAGCACCUCGUUUUUAACUCUCUGACGAACUGCCUGGGCCCUCGAAAACUGCUGCACAGCGGCAAACUACAUAAGACCAAGAGCAGCAAGGAGCUUUGGGCCUUCCUGUUUAACGACUUCCUGCUCCUCACCUACACCUCCAAACAGUUCUCAUCUGGGCCUGACAAACUCUUCAAUCCCAACUCAAAUGCACAGUACAAGAUGUAUAAAACGCCAGUGUUUCUGAAUGAAGUCUUGGUAAAAAUGCCCUCUGACCCUUCCAGUGAUGAUCCAGUUUUUCACAUCUCACACAUUGAUCGCGUUUACACUCUUAAGGCUGACAGCAUUUAUGAGAGGACUACAUGGGUACAGAAGAUCAAAGCAGCAUCUGACAACUUCAUAGAGACUGAGAAGCUGAAAAGAGAGAAAGCAUACCAAGCUCGCUCACAGAAGAACAGUGGAAUCGGGCGACUGUUGGUAACGGUCCUGGAGGCGACAGAGUUGAAGCCCUGCAAACCAAACGGGAAGAGUAACCCAUACUGUGAGCUAACCAUGGGUGCCCAGUGCUACACGUCCCGCCAUCAGCCCGACACGCUCAACCCCAAAUGGAACUUCAACUGCCACUUCUUCAUCAAAGACCUGUAUCAGGACGUCCUCUGCCUCACCAUCUUUGAGAGGGACCAGUUCUCUCCAGACGAUUUUCUAGGUCGUACUGAAGUUCCUGUAGCAACAAUAAAAAAGGAUCAAGAUGGUAAAGGUCCACUGGCACGUCGUCUGCUGCUUCAUGAAGUUCCAACUGGAGAGGUCAAAGUGCGGCUUGACCUGCAGCUCUAUGAUCAAACACCUCACCCGUGAACUCCACAUCUGUUUCAUUAGCAGUACAACAUUUAAUAGCUCACAUAAGAAAAGUUUAUUCAUUAGUGUUCAUUUUUAAAAGUAUAGGAAUGCCUCUGUACACUUUUGACAUUAUAAAAGUUGAACCACUUAGCAUAUGUUUAUAUGCAGUGAAAUAGAAGCUGGUAGUCUCAUAUUUACUCUAACACAUGCUUGAUGUUGUAUAAUGGGGAACAUUGGGUAAUAAAAUGAUGAUUGUUUGGGACAGGAACUGGUUUUUACUUUGAAAUCUGUACAUUUUUAAAGUGCAUUAGUAAUCUGUACUGUAGUUUCUUAUGUCACCGAAAUUGCUGAAAUUCAAUCAUACAUGUGCUUCCCUAACCUGUUUCCGGAGCCCUUCAGCACGUUUAAUUGUUUUAUUAUUAAAUACUGAAGCACAGUUUUAAAACACUGUAAUAUAUUUAAUUAUAUAAAGACUAAAUUAUAUAUAAUGUUAUCUGAAAUUUUGUGACGCAACACAAAUUAUGCUUUACAUUCCUAAUUGUACAAAUUUAGGGAAUGUAUAAUAUGGAAGAAUGUAUAAUAUGGGUCUUAUGGGUUUCCUUUGAUGAUUUUAAUAACAGCAUUUGGUUUUAUGAACAGACUGGAUCUGGAUGUUGUACAUUUGAGUUGUUGAUGAUGAAUGUCAAAAGUUUGUGUGUUAUUUGUUCUGUUUUGUUAUUUGUUUAAUGCAUAAUUGUAUAAACAUCCAUAGGAAUAGAUUAUUGUAUGGGUUUGGGUACAAUUCAUAUACACCAAAGACAAAAAUAAAAACGGAGAAUGUUGACAAUG